AAUUAGCUCCUGAGUGAAUGCUUGGCAUAUGUGGAAGUGAGCCGGUACACAAUUAGCUUAUUGUUCCUUCCAGCUUUCUGCUGAGAGGAUCUGAAGGGCUGCUGAAGAGAGGGGAGAGGGGGAAAAAAAAAAAGAAAAUAGCCAAGCAGUGGCAUCUCUGUGGAUGUGGAGUACGGGAGUCGCUGGGCUGGCGCAGAUUCCCGGGCUAAGUCGGGAGUUACAGCUGUUCCUGCCGAGCUCCAGCCUGGCCGCGGCGACGGCGCCGGGGCACAGCACAGACCCAGCUCCAGCUCCCGGCUCUUCUCUCCUUGGCCUCAACCUCAGCAUCGCCAUGGAGCCCAACAGCCCCAAAAAAAUACAGUUUGCUGUGCCCCUGUUUCAGAGCCAAAUAGACCCUGAGGCAGCUGAGCAGAUCAGGAAAAGAAGACCGACGCCAGCAUCACUCGUCAUCAUGAAUGAACACAUGCCCCCAGAAAAAGAUGAGAAGAGAACGAACAUCUCACAGGCAGAGUCGCAGAGCGCCUCUCCCAAGCAGAGGAAGCAGAGCGUCUUCACCCCUCCUGCCCUCAAAGAUAUUUCUUUCCUAACCUGCCUCACUAGCGUUGAAUUCCAUGCUGGGAUUAAGCAUCUGAAGAGUCAGAGCGAGUCAGUGUUUCCAGAAGAAGAAGAGGGGCUCGGCGAGCGGGAAGAGGAGUGGGGCCAUUAGCCAGCGCGGAGCCGCCCGGAGCCCGGCCCGGCCCCGCCGGGUCCUGCCCCGCCCGGCAGGGCCCGGGGGCUCCACAGGCGCUGCACACGGGUCCUGCCACCCUUCCUCCCGGAGACAAAACUGUUAUUUUAAACUCGUUUUUUUUUCUUUUAUUUUCUAUGACUUAGAAAUGUAAUUUGCAAAUGUGUUAGCUCCCUGAGGUCAGUACU